AUGGCUUCUUCAUCUCUUUUUCCAAGGUUGAAAGACGCUCGUCGACGUUCUUCCGUCAUUGGCCAGGGUUUCCUGCCAGUCAGCAGUCUAGACGAUCUCAUCACCAAGGAGACCGUCGAAAAGGAGCUCCCUAAAAGCCUCAUCAAUAGGUUACUCCCUGAUAGCCUCCCAAGCAAAGUCUCGAAGAACGCAAGACGGCUAUUUGCAAUCCUUGUGAUGAUCGGAGAGCCUUCCGCAAUUCGAAAGCUGGUCGGCGAUGGUCUUACCGACGACGAUUUGCCGUUUGCUAGGCCAACUCAUGCCCGUCACGGUCGUAUUUUGGAGACAAAGGGGAGACUGGAAGUCAGGUCAUUUCAAGACUGGAACAACGAGGCCAUGGUGGAUAUGUUUCUGGAAAAGCAAUGGGACUUUCUUGCCCCAACAAUAGAUGUCUCAGGGACAUCUGCGGUCUUUCGAGUGGAUUCGAAAUGCCCGUUGCCAUUCUUGAGGGCAACUCCACUUCGUGGUGAACACAGCAAUAUUGUCUACAAGAGCGAGCUACAUGCAGCUCAUCAAACCGGUUCUGAGACGCAAAACACGGACAUGGUGAUUGCACUUAAGGUAUUUCACAGGUCUGAAGGCUUCAAAUUGUUUGAGAAGGAAAAGGAAAACCUUCUGGAGACCCGCGGUAUUCAAGACAGACAUCUCAUUCGGCACCUAUUCUUCUGCGAGAGAGGUCAGUCUUACUUCAUAGCCUUCCCAUGGGCAGAAGGGGGGAAUCUGCAGGAGUUCUGGAUGCUGCAUACGUCAAAUCGGGAGUACAUGCUGUGGUCUCUGCAACAGAUGCUUGGACUCAGUGGUGCUCUCCGGAAGCUCCACGACAUCAAUUUCCGUCAUGGAGACCUCAAGCCCGGGAACAUCCUUCACUUCCCACGCGGCGGGCUAGGUAAUCUUGUUAUUGCAGAUGUUGGAAUUUCGAAGGUCCACACAGCUGCUACGUAUGAGAGAUCCAUAAGCACCUACACCAGAGCGACUACUCCUUCAUACGAAGCACCUGAAGCCACUCAGAAGACAAAGAAGCCUAGACCUCGCAGAUACGAUAUUUGGUCAAUGGCAUGCAUUUAUCUCGAGUUCGUUAUCUGGAUGGUUCACGGGUUCAGUGCCAUCAAUAGCUUUGCCGAAUCCAGGGAGGACAGGACGUCCAUUAUCCCAACUUCAAACUUUUACGCGCUUCGAGGAGAUAGUGCGGUUAUCCAUCCCUCGGUUCUUGACGCGUUUGUAGCUCUGCGAGGUGAUCCCCGCUGCAGGGAUGACACAGCGCUAGGCGCUGUCAUCAAUCUAAUCACCCAGCACUUACUUUUGGUUCGAGUGGACGACCGCGUUACCGCAGACAUUUUGUACGAGAAGCUCGAACAAAUCGUCUAUCGCGCUACCAAAGACCCCUCUUUCAUAAUAAAUCGAGCAACAGCUCCCCAGGAGACACCAGCUGUAUUCGGGCAGCCGGUUGAGAUUCCCGCAUGGUUGAGAAAAGCCACCAGCUGGGAGCAACAGGAGAUUUAA